CACCCCCCGCCUCCCACCGCCCCCCCUCCGACCCCCGCCAACCCCUCCCCAUCACCCCAACCCCCACAACCCACACCCCCCCCCCCCCCCACCCCCCCCUCACCCCCCCACCCCCCACCCGCCCCUCACCCGCCCCCCCCUAAACCCUCCCCCCUCCCCCCCACCUCCCGCGCCGAUCCCCAACACCAGCCCCCCCCCCCCCCCCCUCCACCCACCCCGCCCCCCCCCCCACCACCGGUGCCCCCCCCGCAUUACCCCCCCUUCCCGCACCUCCGUCCCCCCCCCCCCCCCCCCCCGCCCCCCAGACCCCCCCCCCCCCCACCCCCCCCACCCUCCCCCCUCCCCCCCAACCCUCCAACCCCCUCCCCCCCCCCCCCCCCCCCCCCUCCGCCCCCACCCCCCCACCCCCCCCCCCCCCCCGCACCCCCCCCCCCCACACCCUCCCGCCCCCCCCCCACAACCCCCACACCCCCCCUCCCCCCCCCCCCCUCACCCCCCCCUCACCCCCCGACCACCCCCCCACCCCCCCCACCCCACCCACCCCCCCCCCACCCCCCUUACCCCCCC